AAUGUCAGCUUACUGUUCAAGUUGUACUGCCUCACGGUGAUGACCCUGGUUGCUGCAACAUACACAGUUGCAUUGCGGUACACAAGGACAGUGGGGACAGAACUGUACUUUUCAACGACGGCUGUGUGCAUCACUGAAGUUAUCAAGUUGUUCUUGAGCGUGGGCAUCUUGGCUAAAGAAACUGGAAGUCUGGCAAGGUUAAUAACAUCUUUAAAAGAAAAUGUAUUUGGAAGCCCUACAGAACUGCUAAAAUUAAGUGUUCCGUCUUUGGUAUAUGGUCUCCAGAAUAAUAUGGCGUUUGUGGCUCUUAGCAACUUGGAUGCAGCAGUUUACCAGGUGACAUACCAGUUGAAGAUCCCUUGUACAGCUUUAUGUACAGUCCUAAUGCUAAACCGUACGCUUAGUAAGUUGCAGUGGUUCUCUGUCUUCAUGCUGUGUGGUGGUGUUACCCUUGUUCAGUGGAAGCCUGCUCAGGCUACGAAAGUACAGGUGGAGCAGAAUCCAUGGCUCGGGUUUGGAGCCAUUGCUGUUGCUGUAUUGUGUUCAGGAUUUGCAGGAGUUUAUUUUGAGAAGGUCUUGAAGAGUUCAGAUACUUCCUUGUGGGUGAGGAAUAUUCAGAUGUACUUAUCUGGGAUUGUGGUGACUUUAUUUGGUGUGUACAUGUCAGACGGAGCCCAAGUCCUUGAGAAAGGGUUUUUCUAUGGCUAUACCUACUACGUCUGGUUUGUCAUCUUUCUGGCCAGCGUAGGUGGCCUCUACACUUCGGUCGUUGUUAAGUACACAGAUAACAUUAUGAAAGGCUUUUCUGCAGCAGCAGCCAUUGUUCUUUCAACUGUGGCAUCAGUCGCCCUCUUUGGCCUCCAGAUAACUGUUACCUUCUCUCUGGGUGCCCUCCUGGUGUGUGUUUCUAUUUACCUCUACGGAUUACCUCGACAAGACACCACAAAAAUCCAGCUAUCAGAAACAAAGAGCUCAAAAGAGAGGCUUGCUACUGUGUGACGUUGUCCAUAGAAAUGGACAGGCAGGCAAGCGGAAAAAAUGGACUUCUUUAAAAAAAAAAAAAAAGGCAUUUUUUUUAAAUUAGCCUUAAGCUAGUCAUGGAAUGGUUGAAGUGGGAUAGACUAAAAGCAGAAGUUAGUUCU